AAAAAUCAAAAAAAAAAAAAAAAAAAAAAAUUUUUUUUUUUUAAACUAAAAAUGUCUUCGCAACAGAAUUAUCCUGAAAUAAUUGCACAUUGGUUUCAUGCCAUUGAUGUAUCCUUAAAAGAUCCAAACAAAAAAUCUCCAAAAUCUCAAGCUUCAAGAUCUCAAACAUCAUCUUCUUCUACAACUACGUCAUCAUCCAGCUCUUUAACUAGCUUAACCAAUAUAACUUUAUCCAAUUCUCAUAAUAAGACUUACUCCUCUAAACAACCAACUAAUUGGAAACCCUUUUCUAAACGUGACUCUAAUGCUCUUGAAGCUGCCUUUAAAUCUGGAGACGAUACAAAAGUUUUAUGUAAUGAAGAUUAUCUAUUUGAAGUGGAUAUACCUAAUCGUGAAAUUUGUCCCGUAUAUUGGUCAGGCGCGACGUAUGAAGUUAUACGUGCAACAUGGUUUUAUCAAAGUGACGGAAAAUUUCUCCCAUGUAAUGAAAACCUAUCUUCUCAAAUAGAAGCGGGAUACAAGAAACAUGAUGUUUGGAUUCCACCGCCUGAAACAGAAUCAACGGAACAGACUGAACAUGUUCAAGAAAAGUUGUUUGGAAAAUAUCUUUCUCAAUACGUUGUUUAUACAAAUCCUGCGACUGCUUGGUUGUUAAGUGAUGAUAUGACUGGUAAAUUAACCAAAACUGUUUUCGCCAAACUUACUAAUGGAGUUCAUUUGGGAGGAACUAAACUCAUUCGAGGUUAUAACGAAGUUAAAAAACUUACUUCAAAAAAAUCUACUGAUGAAGAAAUAAAAUACAAGAAUGAAUUUGAUAAUCUUUACUCUAGUCAAAGAGGUGCUCCAAAUUCUGAAGCUAAUCUGAGAGAUGUCAAAGAAAUUAUUGAAAGUGAAGAUUAUGAUGAUGAUAGCGAAGGUGAAGAAAGAGUCGUUGAUCACUUAAUUUUGGUUAUUCAUGGUAUUGGCCAAAAGCUAAGCGAGAGGAUGGAAUAUAUAAAUUUUGUUCAUGAUGUUAAUACGCUAAGGAAGACUAUAAAAACCACGUAUUCUAUGUCCCAUAGUUCCGAAACUCUUAAUAAGAACGUGAAAAAUAAAUCAGAUUCUAGCCUGGAUCGUCGUGGUUCUAAUACUUCAGAUAAAACCGAAAGAAACGUCCAUAACUCUCGUAAAUUUGGAAGCGGUAUACAAGUUUUACCUAUUCAAUGGAGACAAGAAAUCAAGUUUGGAAUGGCAUCUGAAGAUGAGAAUGUUCAAAGAGAUUUGGGCAUGCCGGAAGUUGAAGAAGGUCAAACCACUUUAGAUGAAAUUACUUUGGAGGGUGUACCAACUUUAAGAAUGUUGAUUUCAGAUGUGCUAAUGGAUGUUUUAUUAUACAUGACACCAAGAUAUAGGGAAAUGAUGAUAAAUACUGUUACAAAAGAAAUGAAUAGAGUUUACAAGUUAUUUAUUGAAAAGAAUCCUAAAUUUAUUGAGAAUAGAGGAAAGGUUUCUUUAUAUGGACAUUCACUUGGUUCUGUAUUGGCAUUUGAUGUUUUAUGUCAUCAACCUCCAAUCAUCCCUUCAGCUCCAUCUGGUAUUUUUGAGGAAAAAGGGUCAGCUGAUAUGGAUAAACUUCAUCAACAUACUGUAAAACUAGACUUUGAAGUUACGAAUUUUUUUGCAGCUGGAUCGCCAGUAGGAUUGUUUUUAUUAUUGAAAGGUCUUAAAGUAGCCUCUUUAAAUAAUUCUAUUCCGUUAUGUUACCCGGCUGUUAAAAAUCUAUAUAACAUUUUUCAUAAUGCAGAUCCAAUUGCUUAUAGAUUGGAGCCGCUCAUUGCCAGACAAUAUGGUAGUAGUUUAAAACCUGCUCUCAUUCCAUAUCAUAAAGGGGGAUUAAAAGGAAUGCAUCUUGGUUUUCAAGAAUUUGGAAAUGAGAUUGCAAGCAAAGCUACUAAUAUCCUUUCAUCAGUUAAAACUUCCUUGAUGUUUACAAAGGGAUUCCAAUCUAUAAUACCACAAAGUAAUAGUAAUAUUAAUAAUUCAUUACUUAAAAGGUCAACUUCAAUGCCUAAUAAUACAUCAGGAGAAAAUAACGAAAAUAAUAGCGGAUCAGCAUUAACAAAUUACCCUCCAACAAAUUAUUCUUCGCCUGGUUUAUUAGAAAAAUCGGACAAAUCCGAGAAUAUUGAGGAUCCUAAUGGAGCUGUUAGAAUUAAAAGUUUAAAUUCAUCUGGGAGAGUUGAUUGGGUUUUACAGGAAGGAAUAUUGGAUGUUAGUUAUAUUAAUGCUAUUACAGUACAUUUAAGUUAUUGGUCUGAUUGUGAUGCUGUAAACUUUAUUGUGAAAGAAAUUUAUAAAGAUUAUGAUUAAAUUAGAAAAAAAAGUAAUAUUUAAGUUUUAAAUAGAAAAAAGAGACAUUAUGUAACAUUACAGCGAAAAUAAUUAUAAUAUAUUAAAUUAAUUAAUAAAUUAAAAAUUUACAUGUAUUACUUCUAA